GUGAAGGAUGUGGCGUGUGGACCUGCUCAGACGUUUGUGGUGAUGGCGAGAGGAGGAGACAUCUUUGCAUUUGGAGACAACAGGAGAGGACAGCUGGGCAUUGGUAGCCUCGAGAGCAAAGUUGCAUUUCCUCACAGGGUCAUUCUACCUUCCUCCUCCUCCUCCUCCUCCUCCUCCUCCUCCUCCUCCUCCUCCUCCUCCUCCUCCUCCUCCUCCUCCAUCCUCAAGAUAGCUUGCGGGAAGGAGCAUACAAUCUUCCUCCUCGCAAACGGUUCCAUGUUCACAUGCGGUUCUAAUGACGAUGGGCAACUUGGGAUAGGCAGGACCGUCACAGUGCCCACCCUCAUCCCCCUAGCGCACAGAGUUGCUGAUGUGGCAUGUGGCUGGCGACAUGCGGCAGCGAUCACUGCAGGCGGAAGCCUCCUAACGUGGGGCAGCAACAGCCACGGCCAGCUGGGCAUGGGCGACAGGAGGAGGCGGUUGGCUCCUGCCCGGGUUGUCUGCGCAAGGAGCAUGAGGUUCUUGCAGGUUGCAUGCGGCAGUAUGCACACGGUGGCCCUUGCGGAGGACGGGAGCUUGCUGUGCUUCGGGAGGAACGACAAGGGGCAGCUC